CUCCAGCCUAGGUCGAGUCAGAGGUAAGAUUGGACUACAACUCCCAUCAUCCUCAACCCGCUGAGCCAGUUGCCGGGCAUGAUGGGAGUUGUAGUCUCCCAGCCUCUCCGGAGCCGAUGCCUCCCCCUCCUCCCCCCCAAAGUCUUUAUUCCCCUGCCUGGCGUAGGAGAAAAGCGACCUUCUGCCUCUCCCCGGAGCGCUGCAUCGGCGGCCCCCGCCUGGAGCUGACGGAAAUCGGUAGGAGGUUUUCCCGAUGGAUGAGCAAAACCCAGCUGGCCUUGAAGGAGGAAGAGACCCCAAGCCUGAGAGCAGUGGGGAAUUCUGGAAAAGAGCUGUGGAGAACAUCCUGGGAGAGGAAGAGACCCUCAGCUUAGAUGUCCAGCGCUGGCAUUUCAGGCAGUUCCGCUACCAGGAAGCUGAGGAGCCUCAAGAGGUUUGCAGCCAACUCCACCAUCUUUGCCGUCAGUGGCUGAAGCCGGAGAGACACACCAAGGCUCAGAUCCUGGACCUGGUGGUCCUGGAGCAGUUCUUGGCUGUCCUCCCUCCGGAGAUAGAGAACUGGGUGAGGGAAUGUGGAGCAGAGACCAGUUCCCAGGCGGUGGCCCUGGUCAAAGGUUUCCUCCUGAGCCAGGCAGAGGACAGGAAGCUUCCCUGA